AUGGACCAGCGAGGGGACAAUAAUCCGCAGCAGUUCCCUGAUCAAAACUAUCAGUUGCAGUCAGAUGAUCAAAUUGGCGGCAAUUACCAACUCUGGGAGUACGAUGAGACAAUUAGCCAGCAGGGUCAGGUUGAAGAAUGGCAGCCUCAACAAAACCUUGGAGACGGAUAUCAGCAUUAUCAUGACGCUCAUCAAGGUCCCAAUAUGCCUUACGAUAAUUCUGUGCAGUCAUAUUAUCCAGGCGUCGGAAGUUUGCGUGUCCAACAAAGCCAGUUUCAUCCAGUUCUCAGCCAACUUGCCAAUCUGCAGCCUACUCAGUACUACGAUCCAGCGCAGCAACCAUACCAGAUCUUCCAAAACGUGUCAGAAAUGGAUGCCAAUCACGUUUCAAACGUCGUGCCUGAGGAGCGUGAACAAAUUGAAGUUCCUCUUGUAGAAACUGUCCAGGCAUCUGGACCACAGCAGAGCUUGGAACCCGGGAUGUCUGAUGCUGAGAAAAAUCCUCUUCCAGGACCUUCAUCAGAGACAAACAAAGCGUGCGGAGAGAAAAAUCCUAUUCCAGGACCUUCAUCCGCUAGAAACAACGACCACGCAAACUCGUCUGAAGAUGAAGAAACAGUUGGAUUGGGGCAAGGAGAGCGUGAACACAAUGAAGUUACUCCGCAGGAAACUGCCGAGGAAUCUGGAUCCCAGCAGAGCUCUGAAUUAGUACAAACUUCUGCUGAGAAAAAUCCUAUUCCAGGACCCUCAUCAGAGGGAAGCAAAGGUCGGAAUUUGAAGAGGAGCAACGACCGCGCCGAGGAAACCAACGGAGCCAAACAAAAGAAAAAAUCUACUUCUACAGAGUCGGACUCGGACAUAAUCAAAUAUAGGAGUUCCGCGAGUGGUAUUUGCGGCGAAUGCCCCGAGAGGGACUCUCAUGGACCUUCAUCCGAGGGAAAAAAAGGUCGGAAUUUGAAGCAAAACAAGAAAAGAAACGAAGGCAAAAAAGUACAGAGUUCAUCCUCUGUGACUGAAAUGGACUCUAAAAAAAUCAGAAUAAAAGACAAAGGUGGUGAAUGCGGCGAAUGCAACAAGCGCUUUGGCGAUAUUAUCGGUCACUCGAAGCACAAGUACAGUCGGAAGUUGAAAAGUUCUGAGUCCUGGAAUGAAGAGAGUGAACGAAACGAACAUUUAAUCCAGGAUUCUGGAACUCAGAGAAUUGGUGACGAGGAUUAUCCCACUCCUGGACCUUCAUCACAGGCGAAGAAUGGUCCGGAUUUGAAGGAAAACAGCGAUCGUCGAAUGGCGGAUUUCCAAGAGCUGGAAUCACAGAGAAAAUCUUCUGCUCCUUCUAAAACUGGCUCAAAUGGCAUUAAAAAUCAAUACAAAAGAGGCAAAUGCUGCGAAUGCAACAAGGUGUAUCUCGCUAUUUCCCAUCACUCCAGAGAUAAGCACAAUGGAAAGCUGGAAAAGUGCACCGCCACUGAUCGUGUUUGCAAGGAAUAUUUCGCCUCUGCUCAAAAGAGAGUCGAGCACGAGCAACAGGAGCAUCUGGAACGAAAGGAAUUCCAGUGCCAAUUCUGCCAUUACUCUGCAGGGCUGAAGACAGACUUGAAAAGACAUGUUCUUACUAUGCAUUCGGAGAAGAACAUCAAAUGCGGACAGCAGAAGUGUGGCAAGAUGUUUGCUUCAGAGGCAGAUUUGAAACGGCAUGUCAAGAUGUAUCACACAGUGGAAAAAUGUCCCAAAUGCGGUAGAGACAUGAGCCGCUAUGCACUUGUUCAGCACAAACGGCGAAUUGUUGAGUGUGCUUAA